UUGUCAUAGUUUUAAAGCGUCCGCUUUUAAAAAUGCACAAAACUUUGAGAGCGAAAUGUAUAUUGAUGGGAAGCCCAGCUUGCGGGAAAACAUCUAUUGUUCAGUCAUUCUGCAGUGAAGGUAGAGAAUUUUCGCAGAAUUAUUGCAUGUCAACGGCUGUAGAAUUAACUGUCAGGACGGUAAUAAUACCGGAGGCAAACGACAAUAUUGAGCUUUUCUUAUACAGUACGCCAGGGAAGGAAGUUUUUAAUGAUUUUACAAAGCAUUAUCUUGACCUAGUUAAUGUCAUGGUUGUUGUUUUUGAUGUAAAUGAUAUACAAAGCUUUUCUGCUGCAAAGUUGAUAGUAUCAGAGUCCCGAAAAGAAUCCAACCACAUGUCCAUACCAAUUGCUCUUGUUGGCAAUAAAAUAGAUCUUGGUUUAAGACGUGUCACAGAUAAGGAGAAGGCUCAGAAGUUUGCGGACGAACAGAAUAUUCCAUACUUCGAAACAUCUGCUUAUCUGGGACGUUCAAGUGAAGAGAUCAAUCUUCAUUGGUUGUGCUGAUCACUUCAAUAAUCAUAUAUAUGCCUUUUGCUCAGUCCCUUUUGUAAUGGACAAUUUCACUUUGGUUAUUAAUAAAGGAAUCAUCAGGAAUUGAACUACCCUGCCAAAUAGACAGAAGUCAAGAACUAAUAAUCAACAGAAUUCUUUAUAUACUAAAGAAGCAAUUGGGAUUGAAGCUCCAUUUUUAUAUCUCAUCAAAGAAUACUAUAAACUGUAUACUGAUUCAGUGCAUCAUUAUAAAACUUUAAUACUAUAAUAGUUAUAAUGAUAAUAAUAAUGGUAAUGGUGGUAA